AUGGCUGGAGCUCUGAAGGGCCCAGAGCCCCUGAGCCAGGAGGAGAGGAGGAAGUCCAAGGGAAAGAUGCAGGCUGGCUGUCACCCCUACUUCAACCUGCCCGACUUCACCCAGCCAUCACCGCCCUCCACUCCGUCCAGCCUCCCCUCGCACCAGAGCUGCCGGCCCUCUGAUGUCACCAAGGGCCUGCUAGUGGCCCUGCUGGGUGGGGGCCUGCCCGCUGGCUUCGUGGGCCCCUUCUCCCGUAUGGCUUACCAGGCUUCCCACUUACCCUCGCUGGAGCUGCUCAUCUGUCGAUGCCUCUUCCACCUCCCUAUUGCCCUGCUGCUGAAACUGCGUGGUGACCCCCUCUUAGGACCUCCCGAUGUCCGGGGCCGGGCCUGCCUCCAUGCCCUGUUCAACGUCCUCAGCAUCGGAUGCGCCUACAGUGCGGUUCAGGUGGUGCCCGCUGGCAAUGCUGCCACCGUCCGCAAAGGUUCUUCCACCGUCUGCUCUGCUCUCCUUGCCCUCUGCCUCGAGAGCCAGCGUCUCAGUGGCUAUGACUGGUGUGGCUUGUUGGGCAGCACCCUGGGACUCAUCAUCAUCGUGGGACCUGGACUAGGGACACUGCAGGAGGGGACCACAGGCCUCUACACUGCCCUGGGCUAUGUGCUCACUUUCCUGGGUGGCCUGGCACUGUCGCUGGGCCUCCUGGUGUACCGCUCCCUGGACUUCCCCUCCUGCCUACUGACAGUGGCCUUCCUGUUUGGCUUGGUGGGGCUGGUGCGCUCCGUGCCAGGCCUCUUUCUGCUGCAGACCCUCGUGUUGCCUAAUGAUCCUCUGAGUUGGAGCUGUGUGGGGGCAGUGGGGAUCCUCGCCCUGGUCUCCUUUGUGUCUGUCAGUUAUGCGGUCACCAAGGCCCACCCUGCCCUGGUGUGUGCCGUCCUGCACUCUGAGGUGGUGGUGGCUCUGAUGCUGCAGUAUUAUGUGCUCUAUGAGACCGUGGCACCUUCUGACAUCAUGGGGGCAGGGGUCGUGUUGGGCAGCAUUGCCAUCAUCACCACCCAGAACCUCAGCUGUGAGAGGGAAGGUCAGGUGGAGUGA